AUGCUUCUACCGACCAUCGUCUGCCUUUUCUUUGCUACCGCUUAUAGCAUCAAUAUCACCACUUCCAACGUCCUUACCCCAACCUUCCCAUCCAACACCUCCUCCUCCGCCCUCCUCACCCACGCGUUCGCUUCCAACACCACCAUCUUCGCGCCCCUCACAGCGCCUAUUUACCGUAAUGUUACUCCCGGCGACGUAUGGGUCUUCCCUAGCAGUGCGAACGACCUUGGUGCGAGGCAAGUAAGCUGUGAGUGUUUUAACCCUGACGACCAAUGCUGCAUAGCCGCCUCCUCCAGCGUGCCGCCCUUCUGCAUGCCGACUGGAUCUACGUGCUGCGGGGAUACGUUCUGCGUGGCGGACGAGACUUGCUGUGAGGAGGGUUGCUGCCCCGCCCUUACAACUUGCAACAUCAAAUCCUCCGUCACCGGCUGCUGCCCCAGAGGCGAGGUCUGCGCCAUUCCUGACGGUGCAAUCUGCUACGAUCACACCUCGUCAAACUGCUCGAACCGGGCCUCCCCACCGCCGAAUUGCUGCCCCGCCGACGACCCCUUCUGUCGCGACUUCAAGCCUCGCGGAUGGGGCUGCUAUGGCCUCUCUACGACUGCGUCCGCUACUUCCACCGUACCGACCAUGACUGCGGCCGGCACUUCGAACAUCUUUGCGCCUCCUGCGAGCACGUCUCCGAGCGCCAUCUCUACGCAUACCAUGACGAUAUCCGUGGUCUCGGACGGGCACGGGGGGUGUUUCUCUCGCCUUUCCGACCAAGAGUGCUGCCGCAGGUUCAGAGGGUGGCGAGACGACGUACGUGCUUGA